ACAAAAAUGUAGAUGUGAAAAAAGUUUUGCCUACAGUUGGGACGAUGUCAGUUGACCAGGCAUCCCCUCUUGUGCCCAUCAAGCCACAAGUGUCUCUGCAGAACAGUGCGCUGAUUAAAAACAGUCAUAAUAGGAGCAGUUUUUGUGGAGCGAUUCCGUCGCCGACAAACGGCAAUGGGACGUUCAAAACUUUCGCCGUGAACCGUAAGAGUUGGAGCGGGAACGUGACACUUCCACUCCAACAGUUCAGCCCCGACACCCAAACCCCCCAGCUCGGGACCUUCCGCUCCGGCACCGGGACGUUCCCGAGGAACAGGGAGCGGAACAAUAACGGCUCAAACGGAAUAUUAACACCUAACGGGAACUCGGUGCAGACGUUUAGAGGAAAUGAAGUGCGGAGGAGCGGAUGUACUAACGGCCGGCGCUACGCUGAGAUCGGAAACUGGAGUAAAAGAAAUGCAACGUUCCUGGAACCUCACCUGCAAGGCGUGAGGCGGCGGGACAGCAGGAGCUCCGACUCCGAGCACGAUGAGCGCUCCACGGAAGACGACGAGCGCUCCCUCAUCCGGAGCUCGCCCCGCACCCGGCUGCCCCCUCCCCCGCCACCACCGCCCGAUGACGAGCCUCCCCCGCUGAAGCCAAGGGAAUUCUUCGAGAGACUCCAAAGCCAAGCGAUGCGGGAGGCGCAAGAUCGCAAAAGGAGGGAUCUACCGCUGAAAGAAAGCCAAGUGUUCCGGCCCGUCGACGCUGAUGAUAGUCUUGGGGACAGCCUAAGUCAGAGCCGAGAGAGCCUGUCAUCAGAUGGCGAAGGUGUCCGCGGCGACUGUUCGUCAGUGGAUUCAUCUUCAGGGUCAGAGGAACAGCCUCCAUGUGACAUCGGACUCCUAGAGCGACUGAUUAGAACACAUCCCGUCUGGUUCCUUCCUGGCAUUCAGAGGGCUGGGGCAUUCCAUCUUCUACAGGGGAAAGAGGAAGGGAACUUUGUGGUUCGGCAGUCGAGUCAGCCCGACACGAUGGCUAUCAGUGUUCGGUUGCCGGCGGACAAGGGGCCAUAUAUAGAACACUACCUGAUACAGGCCUCAGGGGGCCGCAUAGGCCUCGAGACCUCGCAUAACCGAUUCGAUAAUAUACCGGAGCUGAUUGCGCACUAUUCUCAGUGCUGUGAUGAAUUACCAGUCCAGCUUCAAUUACCACGUCCCCUCCGCGAAGCAAAGAGCAGACACCAGCUCAGCUCCCUGGCCUUGCUGGGCCAAGAGUUCUGGGGCUAUCCCAUGGCUAACCCAAAGAACAACCCGCAGAAUCUGCUCUCACCCAGCCAAUCGAAUGGCGUCGUGCCUAUGGCUGUGACGCCUUCUGACACGGGAUCUAGUCUAAGCAGUUUUAAUGCAAGUAUAGGAACAAACUCAAGAGAACAGAUACUCAGUCCAGAGAACGAACAAAAUGUCGUGCUUAAGAUGUCAUCGAUAGAUACAUCAGGUUCCCCUCCGAGUCAAAACCAGAACCUCAGCACUUUUAAGGGCAGACAAGCCCCUUCACCGCCCGCGAAACCAAACGGAGCGUUCAUUCGUGCUCCCAGGCCGACCCCACCUAAUACUUUAAGUCUCAUGUCUAGUACCGCUCAUAUAACACAACCUCAUACAUUCCCUACCAGCAACACGCAACAUUCCCCCACGCAGUUAGGCAGUGCUAAGACCACUCCUCCACCGCCGCCUCCUAGAUGGGCUAAACCUCCUUUCCCAAAAUCCAUGUCACCCAAGAACGAGGUUUCAGCUUUCAACCCCAUUAACAAAGCAUCAAACGGAAACAUAACAGUCACGACAACAGUCACGUUUAGCGUCAAUAACACUCAGAUCCACAAUCACCAAAUAAACGAAAGCAUUCGGAGUGACCGGCUACAACUAACGCUUGCGUCUAACGCUAUCAACAAUAACAGUACGACGGAUUUGUUCACCAUCAUGGACGAUGCAAAAGCAUAUGAUGAAUGCAACGAACAGAACUUGAUGCACCGCAUGUCGCCAGAGGGGGAGUGCAUCAGUACCAUGGCAGCUAAUUUGCACGGCAGCUUAAAACGACAAAUGAUUGAGCAGAACACUGAGCCUGGAUCGCCGUUAGAACCGCAAUCUCAAACGAAUACUUCCGAUUCCGCCGAUCCGCUGGGCAAUAGUUUGACUAAGUCUAACAACAGUUUUUCACCUAAUCAGCUAGUUUCACCUAAUGGUACCAAUUCAGUUACCAGUGGUAUUUUCUCUCCGACCAGUCAAAUAAAUUCGCCAGUAUCUAACGAUACUAUUUCUUCCAAAAGUGGUGUUUUUUCUCCAUUAAGUCAAACAAAUAAAAGUGAGAUUUUCUCACCUGUUUCGAGAAGUUCUCCUUUGACAAAUAAGCAUGUGUUUUCCCCAACAUCAAAUCAAUCUAUGGUCUCACCUAUGAAUGGGAAAGAAAGAGAUAAAGUAUUGUCCCCAAACUCUAAUACCACGUCGACUACGCCGUCUGGUCGAUCCAGGAGGAGUAAGCACUCCAUGCGAAAGGAAUCCAGGCAUUAUCAGGAAUCUGAUAUCUUGGAAUCACCAGGCGUUUAUUAUCGAAGUUCUUUGAUGGAUAAAGUAUCUGAUUAUGAAGAUAUUUGGGGACCGGAAAGCAAUACUUGUUCUUCUUUCAAACCUUUGAAAUCAGAGAGCGACAAUAACGUGCACAAUGGACUUAUGAAGAGCAAAAGACCUGAUCUGCUACCAGACACUUUACCAAAAUUAAACGCAGCAAAGAGUACACAAUCUAUUCUCGAAAAGGAGAAUAUACAUAUACUCAAUUCAACCGAAAACUUAAGUGAAAAACGAAAACUAUCUGAAACGUCACUUAAAAACAGUUUCAACGGUUCAAACGAGCUGAUUGCGACAACCAACAGCAAAGGAGAAAUUAUACCAAAGAGGCCAGAUAAACUUAGCAUUUCUAUGAACAUGAAUAAGAAAUUGACUGAAGAAAUCGAAGCCACAUUUAAAAAUUCGGAGAAUCAUAAUACUGAAAGCAUGGAAACGGUGAAAUUAGAAGAUGAUUGCGUUAAACAAAUGAAUGGCGAUGACUCUGAUAAAGAUAAUGCUGGGAGUCCAUUCUACGCAGAUCCUGUGGAUACUCUAAAAGAAGCAGCGUUACCACAGGUACAACGUCGCAAACUCCUUCGAGUUGGAGUCAGUUUAUCGCAGAGGUACUCGGAGCCACCUCACAACCACCCAUACUACCCGCUUCGUGAUAUGCAUAGCAUAGAGGAGUUAUCACCUUCAUCCCCAAAUACUUCAACAUCGGUGGACAAUCUGGUGUCUCUCCGGAGUAAACCGAAGAUUAAACCAGUGCAGCCGCCGCGCGUCGCUAACAAGCCUCCUUCGGGCAAAACUGAUACUUGGACUGUAGACGCCAGCUGGGAAUUUAUUAAUAAGAACGACGAAGGUUCGAACAGCGAAAGCGGAACGUUCCCAUCGCUGGCCGAGCAGGAGACGAGGUUGAGUGGAGUGGACGACGGGGCGCAGCAUUUGACGGUGCAUCAGGUUGUUGCUCAAAGGUUCCCCGAGCUGCACCUGAACUCCGAACCUGUGGCGCUGCCCGAGGAGCGCUCCCCGCCGCGCGCCUCCUGCUAUGACAAUGUACAUGAUCUCAGACCGUUAUCCGAACAGGCAAGCGAUGACGGCACAGUUUUUUCAGAGCCUUGGGAUAGCGCACAAUGGGAUGGACUACUGCCCUGCAACGGACCUCAAUCCCUUGAUAUGGACGAGCCUUGCGAAUGGGAGUCUCCGAUCCCAAGACGAGCGCAUUUGGAAGCGACGCGGGCCAAGAGCUUCAGGGAUCGAUUAGAUCCCCUAUUAGCUGCGGGUCGCGUGCGCGCCCUUCGAGGUGGUCGAUCAACGCGCGGCGCGGGCGCAGCGUUGCGCGCUUAUGCUCUUCAUCUGGCGCAGGACAAGAGCACGACCUUCGCGCAGAAUGUCGAUAAUUUCAUCGCAUGCACUCUUGACUCUAAGGAAACUUGUCCGCAGGUGAUGAUGCGCAACAUGAGGCAGUUUAUGUCUGGAAUGAAAAAUUAUCUUGUGAAGCACGGAGAGCGAGAGUUCGAGAAAGAAGUUGAAAAAGAAAGGCUCAAGUUAAAAUCGACAGAGUUCCUGAACCUGGACGCCAUACUAGAGGGCGUGAUGCACCGGCUGGUGGUGCGGCCGCUGCGCGCGCGGCUGUACGCGCUGCUGGCGGCGUGGCACGCGGCCGACGUGCGCCGCCUGCACGCCGCCGUCGAGCGCGCGCAGCACGCCACGCCGCUGCAGCUGGGCGUCAAGGAAUCCACGAAAGUCCCGUCUUCAGCGGUCUUGGCAGUGAUUUCGAAGCACUUCCUCAAGAUGCAAGAGGCGGACUCUCCAUUGGAUAAACUAGAAAACCUUCUCGCUGCGAUAUCUGUUAUGUUCAAUGCGAUUCGCGGUGAGCGCGCGCUCGGGGCCGACGAUCUGCUCCCGGUGUUGGCGUGGACGGUGGCUCGCUGCCGGCUCGUCUGCGCCGAGCUUGAAGCUGAACUCAUGGCUGGACUCCUACCCGCUGCGUUGUUGGCUGGGGAGGGAGGAUACUACCUUACUGCGCUGUUUUCUGCUGUGGCCGUGCUCAAGAGAUUGGCACCGGAACCCGGUCCAGAUAGCGCGACACCGGGGCGGCGCGGGUCGGCGGAGAGCGCGGCGGGCGCGGGCGGCUGCUGCGUGGUGCGCGUGGCGCUGCCGGACGAGUGCCGCGGCUCCAUCCGGCGCGUGGCGCUGCCGUGCCGGCCCGGCGCGCGCGCGCGCGACCUGUGCCGCGCGCUGGCGCACGCCGCCGCCAUCACCAACCCGCAGGACUACGCGCUCUUCGCGCUGCACGACGAGCAGGAAACGAUGUUAAACGAGAACGACUGCCCUCAAGAAGUUAUGGCCGAAAAGAACGGAUUGAACUUCAUCCUGGCUUACAAGAGGAUAGAUGCCAAAAUCGCGUGGCCACAGCAGGCGCUACUCUCCUAUCCCUAAACUGGUCGAAUAUGCCAAAUCUGUCUAACCCGCUGGUUUUGGACAAACUGUGACAAGGACAGAUAAUAUGCGUUAACGUGUCCAACGUCGUAGUCAGUGAUUUUAAUCCAGAGUUUGAACAAAUGGUUUUCGGAACUAUAAACGCUUUUACUGAUACAUACGAGUGAAGUCAGUCUUGGUGAUUGAAUUGAGUUCUCUAUCUCUAUCCAUGAGCGAUACAGCUGGAGUUACCAUAUUCGAAUUAAAUGCUGCCAACACUACCACCUACUCGUAAUUUCUGAAAACCCUAUGUAAUGAAUUACUCUGAUCUAAACUCUUGGAUUAAAGACAAAAUAAUCUCUUAAUCGAGGAAAAGGAUCUUAAGAACUAAUAUGUGCAAUAGAUAAGUGAAAUAGAACCCCGAAACUCUCAGUACCAAUAAGUAUGUCGUGUUUACAGGAUACUCAUUCAUAACAUAACAAAUAAUCUAUAUUUAUAACAUCUUUCUUAGUGAUAAAGUGAUAUUUUCUAACGAUAUUACCCAGCUAGAAACAUUAAAGCUUACCUUUAUGCAUAAGUACAUAAUUUCUUUAGACAGUAUUUUUUAAAUGCUACUCAACCAUAAGCGUACUAAUUGUCAUUUAAUAAUGUAGCUUUUUUACCCAAUCGUAUUAUGUAAGUAAUGUUUUAUACAUGCCUAUAAAACGACUGAACAAAAUUAUUUGUCUUAAAAAUACAAAUUUUGUGAAUUUGUAUGUGUGGUUUGGAUUGAUUCGAUUUAAAAUGUAUAGGAAAAACUGUUUUUCUAAAAUAUUAUUUUCUUCUUUCUCUUGUGUUAUAUUUAUGCUAUUAUAAAUUGUUUCCAUUCAAAGGAAUUUGUAGGUAUUUGUUCCUAAAUUUUAAGUAAACCUGAGUACGCUAAUAUUCUUACCAAAUUGUUAUUUGAGUUUUAAAAUUUAUUUCGCUAAAAUUUCUAGUUUCAUAUUUUACUUUUGAAGUAUAUUUAACUCUUUAAUACUAACUUGUUUAUGAACUGUGAUGUAAUUCGUAUUAGUAACGUAAGGAUUUGUAUUGAUUUUGUAUAUUCGUAGAGGCGUUUCGUAAUAUAAUUUAUUUAUACUUAAUCUUAAGGAAAUGUGUUUAACGCAGUGUUGCAAGUCUGUGGAACAAAUUAGCAAAAAAACAGUCGCUGAUACUUGUUUGGAUAACUAUAGAAAGUCUAAGAUGUGCUAACUUUGCCUUAAUGCCACAGACAAUAUUUUUAUAGUUAGCCCAGUAGAUAUACUCUGGCAAACCCACAUUGUCAGUAGAAAAAGGCGUUAAAUUCAAAUUUUAUAUGGGAGGUAACCCUUCGCACCUACUUUUUUUUAUUUGCCGCCUUGUCCUACUGACGGAAAUGGCUUGCCAAACUAUACCAUCAUUUUAUUAUCUGUGGUAGGCGGCGAUUCUGGAUCAUGUGACAUUGAUCACACCUACAUUUUGUAUUUAUUGCAGUCUUGUAUUUUAACGUUAGUCAUAAUAACACGUAUAUUGUGUUUUGAUAACAAUUUCAGUCACUUGUGAAGAAUAAACGAAUUUUUACCAAACUUA